AUGGAGGAAACAGGCGUGACCCUCCCCUCUCCGCCAGCAGAAGCUACCCUGGUCCCACUCGACUCCGCGAUUCGCACCACUCCAAUACACCCCGACCUUCCAGAAAUCCAAGUACCUGGCGAACCACUCCCUUCUUACCACUACCACCCAAUAACCUGCCAGCCUAUGGACGAAGAUGCUAUCAGAGAAGAGCUGGAAAAGCUGCGUCAAGAAUAUCCGACACGCGAAGCCGCGUUGAGAGCGCAAGAGCUAGCCGCGAAGGAAGCCAAGCGCAGAAUCGAGGAGGCCGAGAAAAAAAAGAGAGCAAAUCCAAAAAGAAAUGGAUAA